AUCGACCGGCAGCAACGUAACGCGAGAGCACACUGAUGGGGUAGGCGAGGUCGGGCCUUGUGCACAUCAUCGCAUACAUGAGUGAUCCGACGAGCUCGGGGUAUGCCUCAUCACAAGGCUCAGGCGAUGGAACUGAUGGAGUGGUCAGAUCAUGCUGCAAGGGAAGGGGAGUGGCCACUGGCUUGGCUAUCGCGCCUUGAAGACUGGGAGUUCGCCAGGCAGCUGCUUGACGCGAAAAACCCAUUUGCCACGGACAAUGUUAACUCCUCGCGGAGGAGAGACGUCCGUGAAAGAGUUGUUGCGAAUGAAUGCUUCACACUCCGCGAUCAUGGCUGCGAGCCACUGGGGGGAGUGUGGUCCAGAGAUGGCUUCAUCAUAUGAGUUCGGGGUCGGGAUGGAUGGAUUUUCCGAGAAGUUAAGAGUUGGAGCGUCGGCAAGAACGCUUGAAGGGAAUGGUUUCGAAAUUCGCCACCGCCAUCGGAAUGGAGGCACUUGACUGAAGUGCGGAAAUGAUUUUGGGCUUGUCGAAGCCAUGCGAUGACGACAUCUGGAACAGCUGCUUUGGAGGAGAGUAGGUGGACGGAGGCAUAGCGAGAGUGAUCGUCAAC